AUGGUUGUCCGAGUUUACUUUAGUAGCGUUUCAGGAAGUAUGGCGGUGAAGAAACAGCAAAUUGAUAUCAUUUCUCUCCUUGAUGCGAAAAAGAUCGACUUCGAGAAAAUUGAUCUUUCAGAGCCGAACAACGAAGAGACGAAAAACUUGAUCUACGAGGAAAUAAAAAAGUUUGAUAAACCACUUAUACCUCCGCACAUAUUUCUAGAUGAUGAGUACUUGGGGGGUUAUAGCGAGUUCAGGGAUGCUGUUGAACUGGAAGAGCUGGAGAUUUUUCUCCGACUUCCUGGAGAAAAACCAAAACCGUUCACUUCAUUGGUAAAGGAUGAACCUUCCGAAGAGGAAAAGUCCACCACGUCGAACGGUGAUGAGAAGGCCAAGUCCAGUGAUGAGGAGUCUGAAUCUGAACAAAAAUCCACUGGUAGCAGUGAAAAAGCUGAAAAUGGAGAUGGAGAGUCCAAGAAACGAAAAUCAUCCAAUGAGGAUGAGGUGGAGAAGGAAGCGAAGGACGUGAAACCAAAGAAAGUUAAGAAAAAGAAGGAGGUGGAAACGUCCGAAGCUGUAACUGCUUCGGAGAGUAAGGAGAAUUCUGUCGAAGAGGACAUUAAACCCGAAGAAAGUAUAGAAACUGCAGCUGAAAAAUCUGACGAAGCUAAGGAUGCGGAAGAGAAGACAGCCAGUAGAAAGUCUUCGUCAGCGAGCACAUCAGAGAAAAGUGGUUCUGAUAAGGAGGAAUCCUCGACUAGUGAAAGCGCGAGUUCAAAGUCCGGCACCGAUUCCGAAAAAAGUAGUGGUAACGAAAAGUCCCAAAGUAAUGGAGUGUCGGCGCACGAUAAGAAAGAAUCCGGAAGUGGAUCCAAUUCUUCUAAAGCGUCUUCCAGUGCCAGUGAUGAUUCCGAGUAAUUUUUUCUCAA